AUGAGCCUCAUGUUCGAAGUGGCAGAAGGCGGCUUCCUUGAUAUCGACGUAAAGAUCUAUGGUCCUGAUGGAAAAGUGAUUCAUACUGCUGACAGAGAAUCAAAUGGAAAAUAUACAUUUGCUGCUCAUAUGGAUGGCAUAUACAAGUACUGCUUUAGCAAUAAGAUGUCUACCAUGACACCUAAGGUGGUUAUGUUUAGUAUGGAUAUUGGUGAAAAGCCUAAGGACACUAACAAUAUGGAUACAGAUGCUCACCAUAAUAAGUUGGCUGAGAUGAUCAAUGAAUUGUCAACAGCACUGACAGGAGUAAAACAUGAACAAGAGUAUAUGGAAGUUAGGGAGAGGAUACACAGAGCCAUUAAUGACAACACAAAUUCCAGAGUCGUGUUAUGGUCAUUCUUCGAAGCCUUGGUUCUUGUUGCUAUGACCCUUGGACAAGUUUAUUACUUAAAAAGAUUUUUUGAAGUUCGACGAGUUGUGUGA